GGGUGAGCUGCAUCUGUGAAGUGGCUGUCUGUCGCUCACGUGGUUCACGUCGCAUGCAGAACGUUGCUAGGAGAAAAACUCAGUAUCGCAUCUCUCUCUCUCUCUCUCUCUCUAAAACCAUCCUCCCGAUCACUCAACACAGAUGCAGGCAGAAGAAACUCACCCACACCGCUCUUCUGCUUCUGGCUGGCUCCACCCCUUGGCCUCACUUCCAAGUGCCCCUUCCCCCCCGUGGUCUGGCCCUCAUCGGAUCGAAGAAGACCAGAGCGCGGACGUCAAGGAGUUCCUAGAAGAGAAGGCCAAAGGGAAGCCCGGCCGAACAGUGCCAAAACCGCGUAUAUGGUCCGUAUUUACACCCUCUCCCCAACAGACUGUCUCCUUACAGGCACUCCUUCUCGCUGCCUGCCUGCCUCACCUCCCCCCUCCCCGUUGGAUGGGAUCAUUGCAUAAUGAAGGCCGCACUCUUCCUGGGCAGCUGCAUCAUCAUGCCAUUGGACCGUUGACGCUGCUGAUGCGCCGCUGACACGUCCACCGCCGGCCUGUGCGUGUCGGGCAGCUCGGCUGCGAAGCUCCCCACCGCCUGGCUGGCGAAGUUGAGCAGAAGGAACGCGGGAAUGACCGAAAAAUCAAUGCCAGCGAUGGGCGGGAUGAGUCCCCUGAAGAUGUUGAGGUAGACAUCCGACACAGUGAAGAUGGGGGCCACCACGGGAUUGUUGGCCAACUGCAUGGAUGGCAGGGGGGCAGGACAACAAACACACAGGGCAGCGUGCAGAGCGUCUGUCGUGCGUAUUGGUCGGUGCCAGUGGCCAGAGGCUAUACUCAACUCACCAUGGGGAACCAGCUGAGGAGCACGCGCACAGUGAUGACCAGGUUGUAGAGCUGCAGGAAGUUGGCCAAGCCCCCAGCCACAGCCUGCAACCACGCAGUCAGGAAGCAGCAUCCAUCUCGUCGUGAGGACAUCUCUCAGCCGGACAGAUCAAGUGACUGACCAGUCCAACGACGUUGUCAUAGGCCAGCCCCAUCGCCACCGACCGAGCACGGGAAAAAUGCCUGACAGCCAACACCAUUCCACACCCACGCACACGAGCACCAAGCAACCGAAGUGGAUGACACACACACGAGUGCUGAUGAAAGGCCGAUCAGUGUCCGUGUCCACCAUCAGUCGUACCUCGGGUGCCAUGCGGUGAUGUGAGCGGUGGGGUCCCGCCGUGACGGCCGCCUCGGUGCGAUAAAGCUGUGCAGCCUCAUCGCAGGCCCCGCUGAAUGAAGUCAGAGAACAUGCGUACAGCCAGCGCCUUACAGCCAGCAUGUGUGCGUGUUUGUGGCCUGCUCUUUCCUUCCUCUCGUGUUCUCACGUACUUGUGAGCACCGGCCGCGAGGCCGCUGCUGCAUCGCACGACGCAACAAAGAUCAGCAAGGCAACAGCCGGGAUCUUCAUCUUUGAAUGGGGACGGCGAGUCGGCCUUGCAAAUGGCGAAGCGGCGAGAUGAGAGCGCGAAAAGCCGU